AUGCCUUCUCUUUCUUCCGUCGUCCGCAUCGCAGCGCUGGCCGCUUCGUAUGCUUCCGCCCACGUCAUCAUGGUCGAGCCUCAUCCCUUCAAUCUUGACACAGAACCUUUGUACCAAACAUGGCCUUUGAGCGCUGACCUUCCCUUCCCCUGCCAAGGCCGCACCCAGCAUGCAGAGCAAGUCACCAAAGUCACGGCCGGAAAAACACAAACUGUCAAGUUCUGGGGCAGCGCAGUCCACGGCGGCGGCUCGUGCCAGUUCAGCGUCGCUUACGGAGAAGAAGCCCCCGACGAUCCCAAAAAGUGGCACACAAUCUACAGCAUCAUCGGCGGAUGUCCCGCUGAAGCAGAGGGAAAUAUUCCCACCACCGGAAAGGAUCCUCACGGACGUGAGAAUGGUCCCGAGUGUGGAAACGAUACCGGCAAGGAGUGCACCAAGCAGUUCGAUAUUCCCAUCCCCAAGGACAUGAAGAACGGACCGGCAAUUUUCGCUUGGACGUGGUUCAACAAGAUCGGCAAUCGCGAGAUGUACAUGGUCUGUUCACCUAUCGAAGUCAUCGGAGGAACGGAUGACAGCACCUUUGUGGACAGUUUGCCGCCUGUUUUCCGCGCCAAUAUUCCUGGUGAGUGUACUACUGGUGCGAGCGGGAGUGUCAUCAACUUCCCCGAACCGGGUGACUUUGGAAAGGUGAUUGAGCAGGGUACUCCUGGCAGUGAGGGAACUUGUGAGAAGGGUGUUGAGCCCAACUUUAAGGAUGAUGGCGCUGCUCCUGAGAAGCCUGUGCCAUCCGCGCCUGUCGCCUCUGGCACUCCUUCAUCUACUCAGCCCAGCUCUACUGUGUCGGUUCAACCUUCGGACCCUGCUGUACCCUCAACUCCAGUUUCGUCGAUCAUCCAGUCUCCCACCCCUUCGAGCUUUGUUACCAGCACCACUGACAUUCCGCCUGUGCUACCCACCAGCAUUACUGCUCCUAUCAACACCACCAACCCUGAGCCUCCUGUCGCCAGUGGUCGACCCUUCUGGGCUGACGACAAUUACGAGGCUUGCCCAGCUGAGAUUCAGUCAGGAAUGCUCUACUGCUUCUCCGAGACUACCUGGGGUAUUUGCAACGUGGGUUGGGCUUAUGUUUUUGAUGUUGCGCCUGGCACCAAGUGCAACAAUGGUCUCAUCUCCUAG